GGUGGUUUGACUAUAAUUUUACCAGUACAGUUUGUGGUGUGACUACGAGAGCAUAAAAAGAAGACCCGGUGCGGGUGGUGUGUCAGAUCUACACCGAAAUGGAGAACAGCUUGCCGUCGCCCGUGCCGAAAGUUGGGGUGGCGGUGUUCCUAUUGAAAGACAAGAAGAUGUUGCUUGGACGGCGGAGAUCCUCCGUAGGCCACAACAAAUUUUUCCUUCCCGGCGGCCAUCUCGAGUUUGGGGAGAGCUUCGAGGAAUGUGCAGCGAGAGAAGUGAAGGAGGAAACUGGUUUAGACAUUGAGAAAAUUGAGUUUUUAACCGUCACCAACAAUGUCUUCUCUGAAGAACCCAAACCAGUACACAUGGUCGUCAUAUUCAUGCGUGCAGUCUUGGCAGAUCCCCAUCAAUUGCCCCAAAAUAUUGAGCCUGAUAAAUGUGAUGGGUGGGAUUGGUAUGAGUGGAACAACCUCCCAAAACCACUCUUUGGAGCGUUAGAAAAACUGGAGCAGGGUGGUUUUAAUCCUUUCCCGUCUGAUUGGAAAUGAUAAAAGAAAUUGCUCUGCUACUUCCGGCUGCUUUCUAAGUCACUUGAUUAUAUAAUUACAUAUAUUAUUGCAAUACCUAUGAAACUAGGAAUGUCCAUCUUAUGUGGUUUGACAGUUUGAAAAUUAUGUAUGGAUGAACUCUCCUGUCAUAUUUGUGACUGGUUAAUCUAUCAUAAUAAUUGUAUGAAUCUAUGUUUACUAAUUC